GUCGUGUGCGAGUGUGUAGGUUGUCGAGGUGGGAGUAGUGAGCCAGAAUAGGGAAGUGAAACAAACAAUAAACGAGUCAAACCAUAUAAUAUUGUUUGACAAAAAGUGUUUAAAAAAUAUCAAUAGGACAAUAUGAAAUCUACCGAAGUUGACGUUGAUGAAAUUCUACGUGGUUUGGGCCAGAAAAGAUUUUUCCACACCAGUCAAUGCAUCUUGAUUUGUGCUUCUCUAAUUGUAGCAUCGGCAAAUAGUUAUUUAUACGUAUUCUUUGCCAUCACUCCUGAAUACAAAUGUAAUAAUCUGACAGAGUCUCAGCUCAGCCGAUACAACAUAUCCAUUAAUGAAGUGAGUCUAGUAUAUAAUAAAUGCUCCAUAGACAUCUUCAAUACCGAUGGAGGAGUUACUACCGAGAACCGGACACUGGGCUGUCUGAAUGGUUAUUACUAUACUACGCCAGCGGAUAAGUCUAUAGUGUCACAGUGGGACCUGAUCUGCGAUAAUGUAGGGUUGGCUGAAUCAACUCAGACGUUUUACAUUUUUGGUCAAAUGGUCAGUGGUCUGUUAGCACCAUGCUUGAUUGAAAAAUUCGGACGUAAGCCUAUCAGAGUCUCUAGUAACAUUUUGCUGAUAGUCUUGAACUUAAUCGCAGCAUAUUCUCCGUCUUAUUGGCUGUUUACAACUAUAAGAUUUUUGAUUGGAGGAUCACGUGAGGCAUUUUUACUAAGUUCUUUUACUUUGGUUAGUGAAUUAUACCCGAAAGAAAGACGAAUCAUUAUGUCUUGUACAUUUAUGGUUAUCUGGGCUACUCAUAAUUCCUCCUUAGGUUUAAUAGCCUACAUGUUAAAGGAUUUCAGUUGGAACACUUUAUUUCUAUUUACUGCUGUCCUCUCCGUAUAUUUUCCUGUGGAUUACUUUUUCUUAGAGGAGUCUGUCCGGUGGCUCUUUGCCAAUUCGAAAGUAAAAUCAGCCGAAAAACUCAUCAGAAGAGCAGCGAAACAAAACAAAGUUGACUUUGAUGAUUUAUGGAAUAUAGCUUUAAAGGAUAGCUCUACUCAGGAAGCUGCUAACCUGAUGAGUGAGAGCAGUCUUGGGUGCGGAAACAGUGAGCCAAAAGUUCAGCAAAACGUUAACCCACUUGUCGAAUAUUCACAACCACCAACUGAAGAAAGUCCCUCAGAUUUGUUAAAGAUAUUUUCAAUUUUUAGGUCACCCUAUCUGAGGAAAAUUAUCGUCGUUGUGACCAUAGAAUGGGUUGUGAAUACAGCAUCCUUGAACGCUGUUUUACUAAUGAUAGAAGUUCUCAUUGGCAGUAUCUACAUCAACUAUAGUGUGAUGGCUUUGCUAGAAAUCGUUACUGCUGCAUCUUAUAUGGCGAUAGCGGAAAGGUUCGGUCACAAAAUGUCCCUACAAGCCUGGAAGACACUUGUUACAGUGUCACUUUUCUCUGCAUCCAUGAUAAAGAUAUUUGCAGGGAAUAGUGAAAUGACGGAAUGCAUCAUUCCUGUUUUGUAUUUUUUGGCCGUUUCUGGACUGAAUGCUGGUAGUGGUGGUGAUUACAUCUAUACAUCAGAACUUUUCCCUACACAAUUACGAAGUGUUGGAAGUGGUUUUGCUACGACUCUCAUGCGGGCUACAUCCAUGGCAGCACCAUUCCUCAAACUCCUGUGGGACCUGGUCUGCAACAAUUUAGGAUUGGCUGAAUCAACGCAAACGGUUUAUGCUUUGGGUCAAGUGGUCAGUGGUCUGUUAGCACCAUAUUUAAUAGAAAAAUUCGGACGAAAACCUACGAGAGUGACAAGUAAUAUUUUGCUGGUAGUCUUGAACUUAAUCGCAGCAUAUUCUCCGUUUUAUUGGUUGUUUACCACAAUGAGAUUUUUCGCUGGAAUAGUUCGUGAGGCAUAUCUUUUUAGCUCUAUAAAUUUGAUUUGUGAAUUAUACGCAAAAGAAAGACGAAUUAUUAUGUCAAGUACAUUUAUGUGUAUUUGGGCUAUUUAUACGUCUUCUCUCGGAUUCAUAGCCUACAUGUUGAAGGAUUACAGUUGGAACACGAUAUUCCUGUUUAAUGCUGUUAUCUCGGGAUAUUUUGUUGUGGAUUUCUUUUUCCUGGAGGAAUCUCUCCGGUGGCUAUUUGCUAAUUCGAAAAUAAAAGAAGCCAAGAAAAUUAUCAAAAAAGCUGCGAAACAAAACAAAGUUGAUUUUAAUAAUGUCUGGAGUAUUAUAUUAAAAGACGUUUCAAAAGAGACUGUUAAUCCCGCAAAUGAAACCAGUUCUGGAUGCCAAAGUAGCGAGUCCACAGCCCCGAUUGACAUCACAACAGUACAACCAGACAGUGAAAAAGAAAUCUCAAUGCUUACCCAUUUACGCGAUUUCUUUAAAUCAUCCUAUCUGAGAAGAGUUACCAUUGUUAUUUCUAUAGAAAUGGCUGUAAAUGCAGCAGCAUGGAACAGUAUGACACAAAUGCUGGAAGUUCUAACUGGCAGCAUAUAUCUCAAUUUCUUUCUGAUGUCUAUAGUUGAAACCGUUUCACUCGGAGUUUACUCUGCAAUAGCUAAAAGAAUAAAAAAGAGCAGUAACACGACUGAAAAUAUCAUCCUUAUUUUGUACAUCUUAGCAGUUGCUGAAGUGAGUGGUGCCUCCUGUGGUGAUUACAUUUACAUUUCAGAACUCUAUCCUACACACAUACGAAGUGUUGGAAAUGGUAUUGCUACGACUUUCAUGCGAACUGUGUGUAUGAUAUCACCUUUCCUCAAACUCUUGGCUAUGGCAUUUCCGUGGGCUCCUGGUGUUAUCAUAGGCGCCAGUUGUAUAGUUACUUCAAUUUUGAUCCAAGUAUUUUUACCAGAAACUGGAAACCGUGUUCUACCACAGAGAAUUGAAGAUCUGAAAAUGGCGGAAAAGAAAAAUAAGAGAAAUGAUAUAAAAAUGCAAGGUGUAUCGUAAAAAUAUUUGAGAGGGUCUUAGACAGCAAGAUUAAAUUCAUUAAAAAUUCAAAACAUGAAGUGUAUGUUGGGAUGAUGUUUUACAGUCCAAUUCAACGCAUU